GCGGUAGUGCACGUACAGCUGAUUUGCAACCCGCCGAAGCUACAGCAGAGAAGGAGGAAAAAUGUCGCUGGCUUCGACGCGGACCGUUCUAGGAUCAGUGUCCUUUUAGGAAAAAUCUGACGGCAAUUCGAAUGAACCCUCUGCUGUGGUGCUGCUGUGAAAUGGUCUAACAGUUUUAAUGUGGGAGGUUUUACCUUGACUAUAGAGAGAGUCAGCUUACGUUCCCCUUUUGUCAGCUAUAAACAUAACCACUUAGGAACAGAGGAGUAUAGUGUAACACUACAUGGGCCUCUGAGGUAACGUGAUCUGAUAAUUGAAGCCUCUGGAGCCUCCUCCCUCAGACAGAAAGUUAACAAUUCAGUGAAGACAUGGACCCAUCUGCUAGGGUGGUGGGUCUGGAUGCCCAAGGGAACAUGGUUUUCACAGUGGUGAAACCAGUAAUGGGCAUCUUUCAGGUGUCUUCAGAGCAAACAGGUAGUGUUGCACAAGGGGGCAUGGGACUACAGGGUCUAUCUGAAAACACAUUGAUCCUUCCUCAAGUGCAAGGCCAAGCUCUGGACCAGAACCAGAUGGAAAUGCACACCAUACAGCCUCAUAUUCAGAUGCCCCAGAUGCAGGUUUCUGCCCCAGUCCAGACUGAGGUUGUGUCCCAGAAUCAGGACCCACCACCAAACUCGAGCACAAAUUCAGAGUCCGUUUCCCACAUGCCUUUUGCAGAGGUGUCGUCACUCCUGGAUCCCAACAUGAAAGGAUCUAAGGCUCGAAAGUAUCUCAUCUCGUAUGAUGAAAUCAAGCGGCGCCUGCAGGCCCCGGAGAAGAUGUCCCUGCGCUCCCUGGCAGCCUACACUCGGGUCAGCAGAGGCCCGGCCAGCAAGAAAACACUUCUGGAGUCACUCAAUGUACUCAGCCUUACGCCAAGCACAACUACCUCCGUGUCCUCCUCGUUCUCCAAACUCACUGAAGGCGACACCAGAGCUUUGUGUGACGAUAUGAAGGACUUUUCCCAUGACUACAUCGACUACAGCAACAUGGCUAAACAGCUCAUCCCCGAGACGAACACAGUUCAACACUGGUCCAAAAUCAUUGAAACUAAGAACCACCUGGAGGAUAUGAGAAAAUGUUUCAAGGACCCGGUCAACAGCGGUGCGUUUGACAACGUCACUCACGGUCUGGGUCUGGGAAUGUUGGACGUUGCACUGGACAUGAUCAUUAUGGUAAUUGAGCAGCAGAUUCGGAUCCUGUCUGGCGCGGCGGCAUCAGACCCGGCUGACUCUGGUCCGCCAAUGAGGCGCAUCCGCAGGCGCCUCCGCAAAACCCGCCCGACUGACAGCGAGAACCCUCACAAGGUGUCUGGAGGGGUCAAAGAGCAAGGGAAGGCAAUUUCAAAAGGCAAGGGGCGAGGCCGAGCCAGGAAGAAGAUAAGGCAGGACACUGGAGCAGCUGUUCCAAUGGAACCCCAAGCGGAACAGUGCAAGCCAGAUGAUGUGGAGAAUAAUGUCCUUACCCUGGUUUCUGUUGGAUAUGAGACUGUUUCCAGUGGUCUCAAUGCAGCAGGAACUGUUUGACAGCUGCUCACAAGAACCAUUUAUAGUCCCUUUCAAAGUCAUACUCAGCGAUGGAACUCAAGCUCAAGAGCUAAGCACAAGUUUAGCCCCUGUGAAGGAGAUCACAGUUGCACACAGUGAGCUCAGCAUCAACAGAUAAUGUCCCAUCUUUAAGUCAAACUUCAAGGAAUAGUUGGACGUUUUGGGAAAUACACGUAUUAGCUUUCUUGACGAGAUUGAUACUGGGGCUGAAAAAUAGCAAUAUGGACUAGUGCAAUUUCCAAAUCGCAGGAGGCACAAUAUUUGUUUAAGGCAACAGAUGUGUCAAAAUAGCAUUCUGAUCUGUAUUAAGUAAUAUGUAGUGCUGCAGAGAUGUGCUG